AUGGGGAAGCGGGUGAAAAAGAUGCCAAAGCAGAAGCGUAAACUCGCAAUGGCUGACCGUCCGAGAAAAUUAACGAAGAAGGGCAAACUGAAGCGGAAACGAGGUGACCUCAAGAUGUUGAAGAGCCGCGACGUGGCUUUCGCCGUGCGGCAGAAGAAGGGCGGGAGGUGGGUGAAGGCGGGGGAGCGCCGCUGCAAUAUACACACCGUAUGUAACUGCGUUAACCGUACCGAUCCCGCCAAAAUGAUGCGUGUGGCCAAUCGCUAA